CAUCAAAUCUUAUUCCAACCAAACAAUCGAUCGUUUCUUCAACAUCGAAACGAAAUAAACGUUCUGUAACAAUUUUACCUCCAACGCUUGUCACAACGAUAGAUAAAAAAACCAAAAAACCUUUCAUUUUAGAAUAUUCCGUUCAUUUGGCUUCUAAUAGGUUUAAUAGAGAACUCAAAUGUAUUUUUCCUCAAGUUGAAGAUAUUGAAAAAUGUCUCGUUAUACCAACUUUUCUAAAAUGUGAACAUGAUUUAGUUGGUAUUGGUGCUGUUAUAGAUCACGAAAAAGAUGAAAAGCUUGAAGUUUUUGUUGAAUGGGGAAAAGAGAUUUGUCAUAAAUUGAGAAAUCGUGGGUAUUGGGCCGACCUAACGGAUCCUUGUUCUGGAUACCCGAUUUUCUCUGAUCCCGGACCAGCAAUUUAUCCGGACGUUCAAGGAGCCGUAGAACUAUUAAAAUAUGAACUCCAUAAUGCAGGAUGUUGUCAUAUUUUAUUGCAUCCUAAAUGGGGAAGUAAAGUGUAUCCUGGAACUUUAUUCACUACUGCCGAUGAUUUAGUGCUUAAGCAAGUGAUUUCCGAGUGUACUAAUUAA